GUUUGUUUGUGACGCAUAAAUAGGACAGCACGAGCAAGAACAGAAUUACAAUAAAUACUUGAAGAAUUAAUAAUGGUUUCAGAAAACGAACCUAAUAUAAAACCAGCCAUGGAAACAGACAUUGUCGAAAACAAUUCCAAAAUUAAGAUAACAGAAGAGAAUGAUGCUGAAAACGAUACAGAAGAGCAACCCUUAGAUAUUGGGGAUCAUUACUUAGUUCAACGAGGAAAAUACGAUUCUUGGCAACCUGGCGAAAUCAUUCAUACAAGAUUUAAUGAUGCAACUGGAAGAUAUGAAUAUUAUGUACAUUAUGAAGGAUACAAUCGAAGGCUUGACGAAUGGGACAAAGAAAGAAUUAUGUUAUCCAGAUUUGAUGUGCUUGACCAAGGGUGGAAGAGAGAAAAGAACACAACUACAGAUUUAUUAUCCACAGAAAACUCUGAUAGAAAAAUUACAAGAAAUCAGAAACGACGACAUGAUGAAAUAAAUCAUAUACCAAAAUCUUAUGCAGAUAUGGAUCCCACAACAGCUGCUUUGGAGCGAGAACAUGAAGCUAUCACAAAAGUUAAAUAUAUAGAUAAGAUACAAUUUGGAAAGUAUGAAAUUGAUACUUGGUACUUCAGUCCCUUUCCAGAAGAAUAUGGGAAACAACCAAAACUGUGGAUAUGUGAAUAUUGUUUAAAAUACAUGAAACUAGAGAAAACUUAUAGGUAUCACUUGGGUGACUGUCAAAGCAGGCAACCAGUUGGAAAAGAAAUAUAUCGAAAAGGCACUAUUUCUAUAUUUGAAGUUGAUGGCAAAGAUCAUAAAAUGUAUUGCCAAAACCUUUGUCUUUUAGCAAAAUUAUUUCUAGAUCACAAAACGUUAUACUUUGAUGUAGAGCCAUUUUUAUUUUAUGUAUUAUGUGAAGUUGACAAAGUAGGGGCACAUGUUGUAGGAUAUUUUUCCAAAGAAAAAGAUUCUCCAGAAGGAAAUAAUGUAGCUUGUAUCCUUACUUUACCGCCUUACCAAAGACAAGGCUAUGGUAAAUUAUUAAUAGCUUUCAGUUAUGAAUUGUCGAGGAUAGAAGAUUGUGUAGGAAGUCCAGAAAAACCUCUUUCAGAUUUAGGAAAACUUAGUUAUAGAAGUUAUUGGUCUUGGGUCAUUCUGGAAAUUUUAAGAGUUAGCAGGGGCACCUUGUCCAUUAAAGAUCUAAGUGACAUGAGUUGCAUUAAUCAGUCAGAUAUUAUCUACACCUUACAAUCAAUGAAUAUGGUGAAAUAUUGGAAAGGUCAACAUGUGAUAUGUGUUACACCUAAAUUAGUUAAUGAACAUUUGUCUUCACCCAUGUAUAAAAGACCAAGAUUAGUUGUAGAUUCAGCUGCACUUAGAUGGGCACCACCAAAAAAACCAAACAAUGCACAACGAAACAAAAAAUAAUUGAUUUCAAAAUAUUUUUGCGAUAAAUUAAG